UCAAUUUACAAGAUGCUCAAUUCGUACAUCGAACAAAAACGGCGGAGCAUUAAAAUGCGCAGAAAUCCGUACGCCGGAGUCGCAGAAGCUUUUAGGGGGUUCGAGGUUCCCAAUCUGGUGUCAGAGGUUCAGGCGAAGAAAAAAAUAGGAAACCUAAUCGAUCGAGGAAGCACGUCGGCCAAUGGCGAGGAGGAGGAGACGGCUCCGACCACCAGAAGUUCUCCGGCGAGCAUACGGCCGCCGCGUGAACUCUCUGGAGUGUACCAUACUCUCCUUGCUUCCCACUCCACCGCCUGAUUCCCCUCUCGACUGUUCCUGCAAUGGCAGGUUGUGUCUUUGUUGCCUCGGCCAUUCUCAUCUCAUAUGUGAUGAAGCCCCCUCAGAAUACGUGCGGUUUCUCACCAACUCCUUCUGCAUUAUUUCCUCAUCAGCCCCGCCACCUCCGGUGAACUUUUCUGUCAGUGGAUUAGGUUUUCGCCAUAAAAAUGGUUUUUUUGCUGAUCGUGCUAUCAACUGCAGUCAUGUUUUGGAUCAUUUGUUGGAAAGGAUUGGUGAUGAAUUGAUGUCCUUUCUCUUAAGCUAUUGUUCGAUCUUUGUGCCUUUCGCAAACCAUAACUACCUCCAAAUCACAGGAGAUCCUUUAGAAGGUAGGGGCAAUGAGUACCAGUGCGAGUGGUCAGAGUUUUUGAAAACCGUAGAUUCAUUUUUCCUGACCUUGGUUUUCUUCUGGGAAUCUCUUGAUCUCCUAUGUUUGGAUCUAUCAAUUGCUAUUCCUGUUAGCGAUUCUGGAAAGGAAGAUGUACAAGACAAACCUAUGUUCGUUGUACCAUAG